UAGGGCGUGAGGAGUCAGGACCAAUAGCCGAAUCGAGGACAGAUUGUCUAAAACAGGCACAGGGGGAAAGGGCAACAUGUGGGAUCAGCUGAGUAACUCUUGCAGAGAGCUGGCAAAGGCAUGCCAGGCUGAAUGGCCUCCUGUGUUGUAACAAUUCUAUGAUUCUAUAACAUAGAUAGCAGAGAGUAAGGGUAAUGGGUAGUUAUAAAGAUUGGAUGAAGGUACAAAGCAAGACUCCAGAAGGAUCAUGCUGGGGCACCAGUUAUUCAUGAUGUACAUUAAUAAUCCGGACUUGGGAAUAGAGUGGGGAGCAUAUGAUGCCGGAACACUCUGAUGUAAGCUUGUCUCCCGAGGACCGGGUACGGGCUCUUACCAAGAAGGGCAGCUCGGUGGACGUAAACGAUGAUGUCCCUCCUCGGAGGUACUUCCGUUCUGGAGUCGAAAUAAUUCGAAUGGCCUCAGUUUACGUGGAUGAAGGCAACCUGGAAAGUGCAUUUGUGCUCUACAAUAAGUACAUAACGUUGUUCCUGGAAAAGCUGCCUAAGCAUCGGGAUUAUAAAGCCAGUGUCAUACCAGAGAAGAAGGAGACCAUCAAAAAGCUAAAAGAGAUUGCAUUUCCAAGGGCUGAGCAGCUGAAGAGCGAGCUACUCAAGAGAUACGCAAUCGAGUAUGCCGAGCAUCAGGAGCUACAGCGGAAGGAAGAUGAGAAAUUUGCGCAGGAGCUGGUCCGGCAGCAAGAACUGGAAGGCGAGAAACAGCGGGUGGCACGGAUGCGGCAGCAGCAAGCGGAGCAGGAGCAGUUCCACGCCUUUGAGGAGAUGAUCAGACGGAAGGAACUGGAGAAGGAGAGGCUGAAAGUGCUGGAGGAGUACGCAAAACCGGAAAUCUCCCUCCCGCCCAAAGACUGCCCCCUGAUCCCAGGUGUUCAGCGACCGCCGGAUAAUCUUCCUCCAGCAUCGCCCGCUGCAGGUGUCCCAAAUGCUGCACCGCCGGUCGUGGAUCGAUCGUUGAAACCCACAGCUCUCGGAACCAAUUGGAACAAUUUCUCGGCAGACAAAUUACGGAAUGUGGUGGUUCCCAAAAGCCUAUGUCAGCAAUUUCUGCAGCUCGCUGAGGCCAACACUGCCCAAGGGGUGGAAACCUGUGGCAUUCUCUGCGGCAAACUGAUGCAGAAUCAGUUUACCAUAACCCACGUGCUCGUGCCUAAACAGAGUGCAGGUCCUGAUUACUGUAACACGGAGAAUGAAGAGGAACUCUUCCUGAUUCAAGACCGAGAUGACCUCAUAACCUUGGGUUGGAUCCACACCCAUCCAACCCAGACUGCAUUCCUUUCCAGCGUGGACCUUCAUACCCACAGCUCCUACCAGAUAAUGCUUCCAGAGGCCAUAGCUAUUGUUUGUUCGCCCAAGUAUCAAGAGUCUGGCUUUUUCAGACUGACGGACCACGGCAUGGAUGAGAUAUCUCUCUGUAAGCAGAAAGGGUUUCAUCCACAUCCAAAGGAUCCGCCUCUGUUCAAUGCAUGCACACACGUUUCUGUAGCGGACACAAACGUUACAGUGCUGGACCUUCGGUGAUUGGUGCCUUAUCUUCUGACCGUCCUUGGUUCCCGUAGAAACCACUAACCAUGAUGUCACUGUCUUGAGAACCUCAGGCAGAGGACUCUGCAACUCUAACCCUUCCAGAUCUGCGACACUUUCUUUGAGGAGUUUUCGAUUUGAUUGUAAUCAUUCUAAAAUGCUACUUAAUAUAUUGUCAAGUUCUAAACUCUGUCCUGUACAGAAAGCGGGAGCGCCUUUAUUUAAAAGCCCGCACUGCUGCACUUAAACUGAUGAAACAUGGGAGAUGAAGUAAGAUGCCUGUCGAUAGGAAUUUUUUGUUAACUCUCACUGCACUUUGACCUUUGUUAACUUUAUUGGGCCCAAUUGUUGUCGCUUUGCCAUCAAUAAACAAAGUUUGGCCAUUUGA